AUGCCUGAACCAGCCAAAUCUGCGCCAGCUCCGAAGAAGGGCUCUAAGAAAGCGGUGACCAAAGCGCAAAAGAAAGAUGGCAAGAAGCGCAAGCGCAGCCGCAAGGAGAGCUACUCAGUUUACGUGUACAAAGUACUGAAGCAAGUCCACCCGGAUACCGGCAUCUCGUCCAAAGCUAUGGGUAUCAUGAACUCGUUUGUCAACGACAUCUUUGAGCGCAUCGCAGGUGAGGCAUCUCGUUUGGCGCAUUAUAACAAACGCUCAACCAUCACAUCUAGGGAGAUCCAGACAGCAGUGCGCCUCCUGCUGCCUGGGGAGCUAGCUAAGCACGCCGUGUCCGAGGGCACCAAGGCUGUUACCAAGUACACGAGUUCAAAGUGA